AUGGUUGUUGACACCGCCUACUAUGAGUUAUUAGGCGUACAAGCGAAUGCGACGUCGUUGGAAAUCAAGAAGGCGUAUCGUAAAGCUGCAAUCAGAUUACAUCCAGAUAAGAACCCCGAUGACCCGCUGGCAGCUGCCAAGUUCCAAGAAGUUGGAGAAGCUUACCAAGUUUUGAGUGACGAGAAGUUGAGAGCUAAAUAUGACAAGUUCGGUAAGCAAGAAUCGAUUCCCACGGAAGGAUUCGAAGAUCCAUCUGAGUUUUUCUCCAUGAUAUUUGGUGGAGAAGCUUUCAAAGAAUGGAUAGGUGAAUUGACUUUAUUGCAAGAGUUGUCGAAAUCUGCGGAAUUAUCGGGCUACACUGAUGAUGAAAAGAAGGACGAAAAGAAGGAAGAUGAUGCAACUACCGACAAUACUCCAAAUAAGACUUCUAAUACUACUAGUUCUACUACUACUAAGGAGGUGGAUCCAAGUAAAAAGCAACUUACCGAAAAAGAAAAAGAAGAUCAGAAGCGUAAAGAAGAGUUGGAGAAGUUUGAAGAGGAGUGUCGUUUGAAGAAGAUCGAGAUGAGAAAAGAGCUCUCCAACAAACUUAUUGACAAGUUGUCGUUGUUUACUGAGACCGACAUGAAGGACGACGUAGCACAGUCGUUCAAGGGCAAAUUGCAGUAUGAAGCGGAGUCGUUGAAAAUGGAAAGUUUUGGACUUGAGAUCUUACAUACUCUUGGCUCCAUCUAUAAGACCAAGCUGAAGAUCUUUUUGAAGAACCAGACAUUCUUUGGCUGGGGAGGGUUUUGGCACUCUGUCAAAGAAAAGGGUGGAGUAGUCAAGGAUACCUUUUCCACGGUUUCUACAGCCUUGGAUGCGCAGAGAACCAUGGAAGAAUACUCCAAGAUGCAACAAGAUAAUGAAUACCAUGCACUCAAAGAAGCAGAAGAGGAAGAAGCCAAGAAGCUGGCCGCAGAGCAAGAGCACACACCAGAAGAGUUGGCUGAAAUGGAAAAGUACUUGAUGGGCAAAGUGUUAGCGGCAGCUUGGUCAGGAUCCAAAUUCGAGAUCCAAGGUACCAUUCGUGGAGUUUGUGAUAAUAUUCUCUAUGAUGAAGAAGUACCUUUGAAAAAGAGAAUAGACAGAGCUAAUGCCUUGAAAUUGAUUGGCGAAGUGUUUUCGGCUGUAACAAGAACCGAAGAUGAGGACGAGGAAGCAAGAAUCUUUGAACAGUUGGUAGCUGAGGCCAGUCAGAAG